GAUCCUCCUCUCUCACUUACUCAUCGGAAGAAAGAAAGAAGAAGGAUCUUUGUUCUCCCUCUCUUCUCUCCUUCUUCUUCUUCUACUUUCGAUCUUUGUGAUGGCUGCCGUUAAUGGAUACCAAGGGAAUACUCCCGCCGCAGAUCCUCCGGCGUCAAACGGAUCAAAGCAAUCUGCUCCUCCGACUAAGACCGUUGACAGCCAAUCUGUUCUCAAAAGGCUGCAAUCUGAACUCAUGGGCUUGAUGAUGGGAGGUGACCCGGGAAUAUCUGCUUUCCCGGAGGAAGACAACAUCUUCUGUUGGAAAGGGACGAUAACUGGAAGCAAAGACACUGUCUUUGAAGGAACUGAGUACAGACUCUCCCUCUCUUUCUCCAAUGACUAUCCUUUCAAACCUCCCAAGAUCAAGUUCCAGACUACUUGCUUCCACCCCAAUGUUGAUCUCCAUGGCAAUAUCUGUUUGGACAUUCUUCAGGAUAAAUGGUCAUCUGCAUAUGAUGUGAGGACAAUACUACUAUCGAUUCAGAGCCUUCUGGGAGAACCGAACAUCAGCUCACCAUUGAACACUCAAGCAGCUCAGCUCUGGAGCAACCAAGAAGAGUAUAGGAAGAUGGUUGAGAAGCUCUACAAGCCUCCCAGUGCAUGAUUUCUUCAACCUGCUCUGUUUAAUAAAUCUCGCUUGCCGUUGGUCAUAUAUCACAUUAUAUGUUUUCCCCGAAGAAAGAAUAUGUCUUAUUCAUUUGCUUUCUUUGUUUAUGAUCUGAUCAUCAACAGAUUUAUCUGUAACCUUUGCCUUUGAUUAUCACAUAACAUGGUUUUCCAUAAGAAAGAGUGUGUUUAUUCG